CAAAUUCUCUUAAUUUCUUACACCAGUGUGGAAUUGAGUUAACUUGUUUUAUACUAAUGAAUUAUAAUUGUAUUUUUGUAGUUGUAGACAGACUAUAGAUUUAACUAAAUCUUCUUCUUUUUUGAAGGACGAAGAUUCUGAUGUUAAUGUCGAUGAUACUGACAGCUUUGAAAAAUAUGAAAUGGGUGAUGAGACUGGAAUACGACCUAUUAGUUUAGUUCCUGGAGGAUAUAGAUCUCUGCAUGGAGAUUCUGUUAGACAGACAGCUGAAGAUGAAGAUCUGAAUGUAGAUGUUGAUGAUACAAUAACCUAUGGGGACCCUCAAUAUUCUGAAAUUGAUGUGAUUCCUAACACGUCAUCUGAAAAAGAUAGAUCAGAUUUGGAACAGCUUCGAAAGGCCGUAGAUUCAUCUGCACGUCCUCAAAAUUUAGAGAUAAGUCAUAAAUGGUCUAAAGCAGACUCAGAUACUGAAAUCUCAGAGUUAUCAAAAAGUCUAACUGAUUCAGAUCCAGUGGUUUCAUCAUUGAAAGAAAAGAUCAAAUCUCUUGAAGAUCAAGAUAAGAAUGUUCGGUGUCUCAUUUGUUUGUAUUUUGCAGAAAAAUAUUAGUAUUAGAGGGGCAUGUCGCAGAAAGCCCAAAACAAUUCUGCCACAGGGUAAUUGGGAAAUGUAAAGUAAGAGUUUUCUUU